AUGACCAACAAACACGGUACUGUCUAUUUUUUGACCCAAACAAGAAAAAAUGACCAUGAAAGCCUUCAUAUAGUCUUCCAAAAAUUGCCCUCUGGGAGAGGCAGAGACAAAUCCAGCAUUCGGUGUUUAGAGUGUUUUGGUAAAAACCUCUAUAUUGGGACCAAAGAGGGAGCCGUGGAGUAUCUGAGUGUAAAUAUAGUGAGCGGUGAAGGAAGUCUUGCCGUGCGGGAGGUGGAAAAGAGACAGAUGGGCUGAAGUGGAGCCAUCGGCCAGCUGACGGCGGUCCCUAUUCUGAAUCAUCUCUUGGCGCUGUGGGACGCUUCUGUCACGGUGUUUAACACGUUCUCGCUAAAACCCAUUUCUACCCUGAAGAGAAUCCAGAACAUGUCACUUUUCUGCAUGCGCGAGUGUCAGUUCGUUUCUGUGGAGCUUUUCAUAGCUUCCAGCAAGAAAAAAGCAGUGAGCGUUACGUAUAAGGUGUGUGUGGACAGAUGGGAGUGUGUGAGACAGGUGGUUUUUCCUCACGAACCCGUGGCUCUGGCUGUGCAGGAGACUUGUCUGUGUGUGGCCACUUGUGAGUUUCUCCAUGACUAUCAGAGCCAAACCACUCUCGACCUUUUCCAUGGCCUGGGAAAACAAAAUAUCAUAGCCAACAAAAUAUGGAAAAGGGGAAUUAAUUUAAAUGGGCCUGGAUGUUUGGGCAUGUUUGUGAUGAAGAAUGGAACAUCUCAGCAUCCUCCUCUGCCGGAUGGAGUGGUGGAUGCUGCAGUGUAUUUUCCAUAUGUGCUAGCUCUACAACAUCAGACCGUUCAUAGCAUGCUGGACCAGCAACUGAAGCAAACGGUUACUCUACAAAGUGGCAAAUUUCUCGUCCCAACUGAAGAAAGCAUUUUCGUUGUGGCUGAGAAAGAGAUUCAUCGCCUGUCACCGGUUCCCCUUGAGUAUCAAAUUCAAGAUCUAGUUAGCAGAGAGAGAGUUGAUGAAGCUCUUACACUGCUGGACAGAGAGGAAACCCUAAGAAGAUCUACAUCAGAAUGUCAUCUCUAUACCAAUGGGAUGAUAAAGUUCUACAGGACGGGUUUUGAGGAUGCAAAAGAGCUUUUCAUUAAAAGUGAACUGGACCCAAGGGAAAUCAUUAGUCUUUAUCCAGCCAUGCCUGUGGCGAGUGAAGAUUUCACACCUCAGACAACAGCAGUCAGCAAUGCCAAGGAUCUCCGGACCUUAGACGACCGGCCAACAUUUCAGCAAUACCUCGACUUCUUGGACGACUUCUUGAGAGAAGUCAGGCCAACAGCUCAAGGCCAAACCUGUCUUCAGGAUAUCGACUCAGCGCUUUUAAAGCUGUACUUGGAACAAAGAGAAUAUGAGAAACUGGACCAGCUUGUGUUGUCUAAAAAUAACUGUAACCUUCCGAUGUGUGUGCUUGACCUGGAGCAGCACAGAAGGUUUUUCACACUUGGACUGCUCUAUCAAAGUCCAGGCCAGCAUUUCAAUGCAAUCCAGACUUGGCUUAAAAUCAUACAGGAAGAGUGCGAGGAUACGUCACAAGGUGUUUUUCAACAUAUCGUCGAUACUCUAACCAGACACAAACACAUCAUCUGGAAAUUUGUAGACUGGGUUCCACAGAAAGAUAAGGCAAGUAUUCUAAACAUACAGCAAAUGGGAAUACUCAUUUUUACCAAGAAGCAUGCAUCAUAGAGUGUUUUUGCACCGGAAGAAGUCCUCACCUUUCUUACUAACAACCCAGUUGCCAUGGAUCUUUACUUGGAAUGUUAAGUCAAUACAUUAAACAGCAAGGAGACCAAAUAUCAUAAUAUGCUCAUUGCAGAUUAUGUCAAACAGAUACUGCAGUCAAGCAAAGCUGCACAAAAUAGAGAUGAAGAGCUGAAACUACAGCAAUUACUUUGACAGUCUUCUGUUUAUAAUGCUGACCAUGUUUAUGUAAAAUCUUUAUCCUCAAAUCUUCAUGUGGAGAAAGCAAUCUUGCUUGAGAAAUCUGGCAAACAUAAAAAGGCCCUGCAGAUUUUGGCCUUAGCGCAUUCGGCCGAAAGCUACUGUAGGAGGACCUCUGGUGGACAAGAUAAGGAUUUUACCCACCCUUUAUUUCUCACCCUCCACCAGGUCUUCCUCAGGUCCACACAUUACGUGAUCACUGCGGUGGACCUGCUGAGCAAAAAAGCAGCAACUUUUGACUUAGUCAGCGUGCUGCGGCUUCUGCCGGGUUCAUGGUCUCUGAAGUUGGUGCUGCGGUUCCUGUGCGAUUCACUGAGAGGAACAGUGCAUGAGAAGAGAGAGAGGGGUCUGGAGAUGAGCCUAGCCAAGGUGGAAAGCCUAAGAUAUAAGCAUGCCUGGAUGGAACCGACUCGUGAAAAAAUCGGAGUGGAUGGAGGUUGUGUUUGCAGCCACAGCCAGAAACGUCUCACAGGUCCGGAGUUCCUGCGAAGGCCAGCGGGAGAGCUAACACACAUAUCCUGUCAUGUUGGAGAAAGCACUCAAUAAACAACAGAGACAGUCUUAUUCACAUGUACACUUCAUGCAUGUUCUUAUAAGCCUUAAAGGGACAGUUCACCCAAAAAUAAAAAUUCUAUCAUCAUUUACUCACCCUCGAGUUGUUCCAAAUCUGUAUAAAUUUCUUUGUUUUGAUGAACACAGAGAAAGAUAUUUGGAAGAAUGCUUGAAACCAAACAGUUC